AUGACUCUGAAUAUAUCGAGCCUCUCUCUCAUCCUUGAGCUCUUCAUAAUCCAAAUUUCUGCUUAUAAAGCAGCAUUUGGUUCUGACAACGAAACAGAUUACCAAGCAUUACUGGCCAUCAAAAUCCAGAUAAGCUCAGCAGAAUCCUUCGAUGCACUCAGCUCGUGGAAUGAUAUGAUCCACUUCUGCACUUGGCACGGAGUAGCCUGCAGGAAGAAGCAUCGGCGGAGGGACAAUACCUCAAGAGAUCUAUCACUUGUCGAGGCUAAGAACUCUUGCUGUGUUCAGGAAGCAGCCUUAGCUUCUUCGACCAAGGAUAACAAUCCUAAGCUUACAUAUUGGGAACUUUCACAAGCGACAGACAGGUUCCCUACUAGAAAACUGAUUGGAGAAGGGAGCUUUGGAGCAGUCUAUAAGGGAAUCCUGCCUAGCACUGGACAAAUCGUUGCCAUCAAGGUUCUCAAACUUCAAGAGCGAGGAGCAACGAAGAGCUUCAUGGCCAAGUGCAAGGCCAUGAGGAACAUUCGGCAUCAGAACCUUGUCAAGACUAUCACGUCUUGCUGA